CGCUAGGCGGCAGCAGCAGCAGUGCCGAAGGCAGCAGCAGCAGCAGCGGCAUUCUGCAGUUCACGACCCGUGGGUCAGUGCUGCACGGCAUCAACGCGGAGGAGCUCAAUGCGGAGCUGCUGCGUCGCGCCAAUGCGAGUGGGCGGCUGCUUCUGGCGGGCGUUACGUCGCCAGGACACGUCAGUGCGGUGACCAACACCCAGUUGAGGGACAGGGUGGUGUCCCUGCGCUCCCCCUGGCCAGCCGGCGUGAGGAGGCGCGGCAGCAGGCAGCGGCGCUGCUGGCGGCGGCGGACCCGCUGCUGCGCCGCGCCUACGCGCACGUGCACAACUGCAAGUGUGAUGUGGCGGGGGCGGUGCAGGCGCUGGUGCGGGGCUGAUGGUGAGGCGGGGAAGCGUUCGUACGUACUGCGUCCCAUGUGGAUGGAGUUUCCCCGCUUGGCUAUUAAUGGAGGUUACCGGUAUUGGGGGUUACUGGGGGUGUGUGUGAUGGAGCGCCCUGUUGGGCAAUGGCGGCAUCGCUCCGGGGUUUGGCUUACUUGGAACUGCUGCUGGGGCGCCAUGCAUGGCUGGCCGUGGUUGUCUACCGGUACCUCCGGUUGCCUACCGGUACCUCCGGAGUCACCAACUGAGGUUGUUAAGUAAGGAGAGGCUCGGGAAGUGUAGCGUACACGGUACAGUAUGUGGGGGUCUACAUACUGAGCUACGGCAUUCAUGUGAGCUACGGCAGCCAUCCCGCUUGCAGCCCCCAUACAAUGAGAGUCGCACAUAAUGAACAAGAUCAGGGUUGGGCCCUUGGGUUCAGAAGGCCCCCAAUCGGGCGGUUGAUUAAAGCUUCCUGAACGCAUGCACUCUUGACUUAGGGCAUGGGCCUGGAG